CGAUUCUACCAUUAGCUUAGAGUUUCCCGUCAGUGUAGUUCCCCGGAUAAAAGGUCAACAAAGAGUCAGCGAUCACAUGGAUUCGUCAAUAAAACUGUGGAAUUAAUUGACAGAAACGUAAGAACUUCAAAUACGUAAACUUAGCGUGGUGUGCGUGUCUAAAUCGCGUUCAGAGUGAGUUAAAAAUUCUGUAUUAGGUUCUAAAUGGCAUUCUAUGGACAAAAGUCACGGAAGGUAGGUGGGAAAUGAUUGCUAUUAGCAGGGAUAUCGUUUUUAAUACAUCUCUGGUCAAAACGAACAACGGCUAUAUUAUCUCGACUGUCAAAAUUAAAAAUUGACAUCCCUCACUCCAUUAUAUUUUGACGACUUCCCAGCAGGAAAAUAUUUAUAGUGAUUCAUAAAUAUGCAACAGGAAAUGAGUUUGUUUAUGUACAAUAUAAAAUAUAUUUACAAUUUGUAACUGAUCGUAUUUACGGUUAGUUAAACUCAAGGCCACAUGGUGAUACUUAUCUGUGGAAUAUAUUAGAUGAGGGAUUAGGAAACCCACGAUUCCAAUUAGCUCUACUGCAGGUGCUGAGAUCAUGCCUUUUAGAAUUUUGAAGAUCAACUUUAUCUUUCCGGAAUCCUAGGAAGAUAAUGUUUUUUCGUUGUUAUUUCAAUGGACAAGGAACUAAUUAUAUCGGUUCUAUGGGCGUCUUAUCUGAUAUGGAUUUGUUCAGCAGAAGAUGGAGGGGCCUUACGAAAAGAAAUGGAACGGAAAGGAAUGACGAAUAUUAAGGACACAAAACUAUGGCAUGAAGGUAAUUUUAUCAGGCCAAAACGAGGAGCCGAAUCUAACCUCUUGCCAGAUUCCAUAAAGGUUAUGUUUGAGUAUUCCGGGGAGAAAUUUAACCUGGAACUCGCUAAACCAGAGAGCAUCCUCCAUCCGUCUGCGGAAAUUCUGACUCUGACUAACACGUCUACUCUACGGUGGACGGACGCACACCCAGACUGCUUUCUUACAGGAGUAGUGACGUCACAUGGUGGCAUCGCCUCGCUGUCUUUCUGUGAUAAUAUAUUUGGGAUCAUCAGUACUCCAAAGUAUAAGUUACAUGUGCAAUCCUUGCCUGGGUCAACUAGUAAGCGAUACACCCCUGUCCUUGUUGCUCAACACGAAGACAAAAUCUCUUGUUCCAACCCAGCAACAGAAAACAUGAUUGAAUCUAAUGAGAGAAGCAGACGCUCGGUGCCGUCACAGAACAUGACGAUAGAGCUGGCGGUUUACACGGAUGCUGCCUACACGAAAACCAUGCUGGUCACAGAUUUCGCAGAACGAUUACAACAUAUAUUAAUGAAAUACAACGCGGUUCAGAUGGAAUGGUCCAGAUCCGAUAUGCUAGGAUACAGCGUCACACUAGUACUGAAGAAAGUCCACUUCUACGACACAGAUCCAGCUUCUUUUGAUCCAUCUACAACCCUGCUGGGGGAAGUCCUGAACAAAUUCUGUGCUGCUACAACAAACGAUGGCCAGUUUGACAUACGAUAUAUGCACGUGGGACUACAGAAUCUGGAUGUACUGGGUCGAGCUUACCAGAACGGCGUCUGUAACCAGCAGUAUAACUGUGGAGUGGACACAGCCACAGGGGCAGCCAGCUUCGUGGCCACGGCCCACGAGAUCGGACACCUUAUGGGUAUGAAAAAAAAAAAAAACGACUCCUGAUUACAUGACUCAGAUCGAGGAUGUUCCGGAAGUGACGUAGGAGUAAUGGGUGGGUACGGAACAGGUUGGAGCACCUGCAGUAAGAACGACAUGAAUACACUAUUACAGUCAGGAAGUAAAUCCUGUUUAUGGGAAGAAAAUAUUCCCGCCAAAGAUAUCCAAACGAACAUAGCAGACGUCACUCUCAAUCCCAUCAUUCCAGGCCAGAUGUAUUCACCAGAUCAGAUCUGUGAGUUCAAGUACGGCAGUGGAUUUCGUUUUAGGAAAUAUCCAAAGCUUGGUGUUUGUCUCCAAUAUUCUUGUGCCAAUCAUAAUUACCAGCAAAGUCGCUACGGACAGAUGUUCAAAGAAACCACUUCUAUUUAUGGCAUGUACUGUGAUACAAAUAAAAUUUGCUUUAAAACGGACUGUGCUGACGCCUCAAGUGCCAAACUAAGCAGCCUGGUGAAGCGAGAGGGAGGGUGGAGUCAGUGGGGGGCAUGGACAGGGUGUACCAGAACUUGUGGGCGAGGCAUCAACUACAGGAAACGGAAGUGCGACAACCCAGCACCUAUCAAUUUUGAAGGCUGUCCAGGAGAUGAAUAUGAUGCUGAAGCUUGUAACAAUGCGGCCUGUCCCAGUGACAGCUCUGACCAGACAGUUCUGAGGAACCAGCGUGCUGGAGAGACUUGUAAAAGACUGAGGGACAACAAUGUCAUCAAACCGGACCUGUACAACGAGACGGGGUCAAGAUACUCUGAUACAGCUGAUGGUCAGUGUGAGGUGACCUGUGACCCCGCCCCUGGUCACACGAUCCCCACGUUUACCAGAUUUGGAUUUAUGCCUGACGGAGUGACCUGUGUUGGGGGAUCUAGUGCCUGGGAUUUAAACAACUGGCCACGAAACUCAGGGUCCUACUACAUGUGUCUGGAUGGUUUGUGUCAGAGAUUUGGUUGUGAUGACCGCUUUAAUGGAAAAGUUUUUGAUGAAUGUGGUAAAUGUGGGGGAGAUAACUCGACCUGCGCAGUAGUGUCCAAAAUAGACACCCAGCUACAAAACAGCGGAGAGCGACGUACACUGGCAUUUCUGCCCCAAAGCGCUUUCAAUAUCCAGUUUUGGUUUACAUAUGCAGAUAUGAAAAAGAACUUUUUAGAGGUGUAUGACUCGGCCGGAAAUGUGAUUAUCAGUGCCUGGACAUAUGACACUAGAACGGAUCCAGUUCUGUUUGGGGGAACGGAGUGGUAUUUUUACUUUUAUGACCAGUUCCUCCACGCAAAAGGACCACUUAAUGAGUCGUGUGAAAUUAAGCUAUUUCAGAAUGCCGCCAAUGACAAUGUUGGUGUUAACUUUGUGUAUUCGGAAUCUAAACCAGUGUCAUUUGAUUGUGAUUUUGAAGUGGAUACUUGUGGGUUAAGUUUGACUACUUUUACUCGUGAUACAUACACCACAACUGCAAUAUUGGAUCCACCAUCUGGAAAAGAUUUUGGGGACCAUUUCAUUUAUAUGACCAGCCAAACAGCGGACAGAGAAGGAAAAGUUUUGACCAGCAAUAUUGCAGGAACGAGUCAUACACAAUGUUUUGCGUUCAGCUACUAUACCAAUGACGUAAACUCGAAUAUCACUAUUUCUUGGGAAAAGAAAGGUGGUGAUGCUAUACGGGAGAUUGUAAAUCCACAAGUCAACAACUUCGUGUGUGAAUCAUUCACAGUAUCCACCUUAGAAACAGAUCGAAUUUUAAUAAAGGGAAUGACCAAAGGGGCAAAUAAAGGUGCCAUUAUUUUGGAUAAUAUAAAGCUUUUCCCCAAUUCUGGAGCAUUUUGCAACUCUCAAGAUACAUGUACAAAAGAUGUGUUUCUCACGACCCUAAAACCAGUGGAUACCACAUCCGGUGCAGCUUCCACCACAGAGUCACCUGGGGGCACUUCCGGCAAACUAAGGACGAUUUGGCUGAUUGUUGGAGUCACUGUUGGGUGUCUGUUUGUGGUAAUUCUGAUCGUUGUUGUUAUUGCAUGCUGUUAUUUCGGUUUUUGGUAUAAACAAAAAGGAACACCGGGAACAGGUUACAAGGUAUCAGGACAUUUUAAUGGUUUCCCCAAACAACACAAGAAUGGUCAGCUGACUGAUGACAAAGACAACAUAAAAGUUUAUGUCGAGGCUCACCCUGAUUAUGACGUAGAAAAUCAUCCUGACUAUGAUUAAUAUUGAAUUAAGUGAGAAAAAUGAUCUAGCAAAUGUUUUCAGGGCAUUAUACUUGGUUGGUUUUUUUUUCAUGUUUUAAUAUGUUUUCCUCGAUUUAUAUUUGUAAAACUUGCUUGUACAUGCAUUCUUGUGAAAGUAAUCAGCUUUAAAUAUUAA